AUGGCGUGGGCACUGGGCGCCGCUGCGCUGGGGGCGAGCCUCUUGGGGGUCGCCGGGCAGCUGGUGGAGCCCAGCACAGCGCCCCCCAAGCCCAAACCGCCCCCGCUGACCAAGGAGACGGUGGUGUUCUGGGAUAUGCGCCUAUGGCACGUGGUGGGCAUCUUCUCACUCUUCGUGCUGUCCAUCAUUAUCACUCUGUGCUGUGUCUUCAACUGCCGCGUGCCACGGACCCGGAAGGAGAUUGAAGCCCGUUACCUGCAGAGAAAGGCAGCCAAGAUGUACACAGACAAGCUAGAGACGGUGCCACCCCUCAAUGAACUUACAGAGAUCCCUGGAGAGGACAAGAAGAAGAAGAAGAAGGACAGUGUGGACACAGUAGCUAUCAAGGUGGAAGAAGAUGAGAAGAACGAGGCCAAGAAGAAAGGAGAGAAGUGAGGAGGGCUGCCUGGAGAUGGCAGUGGUCUGGCAGGCCCUCCCUAGACUCACAACCUGUCUACAAUUCAGGCACCUUUGACGCCAAAUUGGACUCUGGA